GGAAAUAUAGAAAACAAACAAAACAUAUUUUUUUCUUCAUUGGAAAGGUAAUAAGUAAAAAAUUUAAAAAAUUUAGAGAAAAAUUUGUUAUAAGAAAGUAUCGAAAGAAAUAAAUAAAUUUAAAAUUAUUCACACCAAUCGCAAAAAGAAACUCCAUAGUUCACGACAUAUCUAUUGUAGCAAUUAGUCAUGCAUCGAUGCAAUUACAUAUAGAAAUUAUACAAUUACAUAUAUCAACUAUGUUGUCUAAUAAUUGAAUGAUCAGUAGGAAUCGAAUGACACAUUUUAGCUUGUGAUCAAAAUUCGGAUAAAUUUUUUUCUCAACAUCACAAUAGUUUGUAUACAGUCGUCAAUAGAACCAUUGUCACUAACAAGACCACUAUCCAUUACCUGGCAAUAGAAUCCCCAUCGAAAAAAUCAUCAAUUUUACAAAUCGUUCACGCGCCGUGAUCGAUGAUGACGACAAGACUAUAGUGAUUGUUGAAUGAUGAUGCAUGAUCACUUAUUAUUAGUCCGUAUUCAUAGUUGAUCAAUAUAUGGAUCUAAAAUCCCCCCCAAAUUUAAGUGACAUGUUUUUGCAAUUGAUUCAUCAAAUACAUUCCAAAAAGCACUCGAUUAUAGUGUUUUUGUUGGUGUUUGGUGAUUCACCAAUCACUUGAUUACCUCAUAUUGUUUUCCUCUUAUCGUGGAUCUUACCAUUACCAGAUCUCUCCUCUCCUACUCCAACCAGAAUCAGCCACGUCCACAUUCAUAAUUCGCACUACUUAAACUCUAGAUUGAUUUAGUUAUUAUUAUUUAACAUUAAAAAAAUGAUCUACAAAUUAAUAAUCCCGAGAGUUCUGCUCCUCUGCUUUCCAGGCAGAUCGUGUUCCGUAAUCUCAACGGCGUUGAUUCUUCUUUCUUGCAUACUUCACUAAUUUCAGAUCAUCCCGGUCAUACGUGUCACCUCAGGGAAUGAUGACUACCGAGAGCAGGUUGUGUUUCACCGUAGAAGAUAACUAUCGUCUAAGAUAAAAUAAAUUUGGAAAGAAAUAGAAAGAAAAAUUAAAACCCCCGUCUCCGCUCGAUUCUCACAAGUCACAGCUUCUACUACUCCCCUGUCGUCAGCGUGCUCUUUUUUUCCUUUCUUUCAAACUUUAGCCGUUUUCAUUACUACGCUGGCUCACUCCCGCCGUCGCCGGGGAAUUUGCCGGCGAAGCAAACUCUUCGGUAGGGACGAAACGUUUGACCUCGAUUUCCGUUACUAUUGUCUUUCAUUUUUGAUAUUUUCUGGAAUUGUAAUCGCUUGGAAAAAAAGAAAAGAGGCUUUGGAGCCGUCGCGCUUUAUGUACAACCCGAGGACAGUACCCUCUCUCACCCCCGUCUAGAAUGAAUCCCUAGUUCGCUGCAUGUUUUCUGUCAAAUACGCUGGUUUUGAUACUCUCUCUGGUGUUCAUUUUCAACUGCUCGGUGCGUUUGUCUGCAGAUUGUGUGAGCGAGACGAAACGCACCGAUCGCUGCUCUCGGUGGUCUGGACUGAUCGGAGACGGCGAAUUCCAAUUUCCCGGUACCCGUCGGCGUUGAGAGUGCUGCGGUUUCCUGGAAUUGGAUAAGCAGCGAGAUAAGAAAAAUGUCUUCUCAAGGGAUGAACUUCUGGGUGCCAAGAGAUGCUGAUUCUCAACCUAAAGGAGAGAUUGGUCUUGAUGACAAUGCCUCAGCAGGAAGAGCUGAACAAAAGCGUGCUCACCAGUGGUUUACGGAUUCGUCUCACCCAGAACUUUUCAGCAACAAGAGGUUAGCAACUGAAGUUGUUAACAGUAAGCCAGCAUCGAAUGUUCCUCCAAAUGGAAAUGCUUUUCCAUGGCCAAAUGUUCCCGAGUUCCACCUGCUUUCGGGCCAACUUGGUGGCGGCAUUUUCGGGCCUCAGACAUUUGUCAAUGGAAGUUUGGCUGAUCAGAACCAGCCAUCGGUUGGGAGCGGUAGUAUGGAUAUGCGGACAAUGGGGUUUGGUGGGCACCAUGUAAGUGACUCCUCUAUGGGUUUAUCUAUAACUCAUAACAUUCAAGAUCACUCAGCUAGCACCAGUCUUGGUGGACUAAGAAAAGUGAAAGUCAAUCAAGUUACAGAUUCAAUUUCAGUGAGCACUACCUUCAAUAAGAGUGAUGGUGGCAGCUCCAUGACUUUGCCUCCUGCUUAUAGUAACUGCAAUGAGAAUGCUGUGUCAAUUGAGCGACUCUUUAGCAAGGCACAAGGAAAUUUUGUUUCAUCCAUGGGCUAUAAUUUCAACCAAGGGGAUAGAUACACCAUGCCUGUGACUUAUGGUUGUAGUAACAAGGAAAGUGGAAACAUUUUGUCUAUGGGGCAGACUUUUGAUAAGGCUGAAGCCAGCUUCAACCCAAUGGACCCAUCAUAUGGAAAGAAAGAUAACGCUCUCAUGUCAAUGGCUUCCCUAGGAGAUGAUGGUGCUAUCUUGAUGAGUCCAAACUAUGCUAAACCAAAGGAGAAUUUCAUCUCCACAGUUCACUCUAGCUGGAAGAGAGAUGAUAAUAUUGUUUCAAUAUAUCCAUCCUAUGUAAACUCCAGCAUCAAACCAAUGGUUCCAACUCCAGGCAGAGGGGAAUCUGGGAUCCUAUCUCUUGGUCACAGCUACAACAACAAUGCUAUUGGUAAUGCUGUAUCUUUUGGGGCCUUUUGUGGGACUGAGAUGAAUGCCUCUAAUGCUUCUGUUGGUGGUGGUUAUGAAACGUUAAUUCCUGGUCAGAACUCAGGUCAGAGUUCAGCAGAAAUAGUAGGCCAGAAGAAUUUGGUGCAGCCAAAUAAAGACGGAGUGGCAGAUGAUGCUCCAAAUGCUAAUUUGAUUGGCGAUUCAGCCACCAGGAAUAGAAAGCCAAAAGCCAAGAAGGAUGUUAUGAACAACUUCCCUUCUAAUGUCAAGAGUCUGCUAUCGACUGGCAUUCUUGACGGUAUCUCUGUCAAAUACGUUUCCUGGUCAAGGGAGAAAAUUGUGAAGGGAACCAUAAAAGGAACAGGUUAUUUAUGUGGCUGCAAUGAAUGCAACUAUGGGAAGAGUGUAAAUGCCUUUGAGUUUGAGCGUCAUGCUAAUUGCAAGACAAAACAUCCCAACAAUCACAUUUAUUUUGACAAUGGGAAGACCAUCUAUGGUGUUGUUCAAGAGUUGAAGAACACUCCUCAGGAGCAGCUUUUUGAUGUGGUCCAAACUGUAACUGGAUCUCAGAUCAAUCAAAAGAAUUUCCUCUCGUGGAAGGCAUCUUUUCAAGCCGCGGCCCGUGAACUUCAGAGAAUCUAUGGAAGGGAUGAAGUUGUUGUACAAUUUUGAGAUUGCAAUCCUUGAGUCGGGGGAUGUUUUAGGUGGUAUGUGAUCUGUGCAUAGCCAGAGCAUCAUAAAAAUCUCGGUGAAAAAUAGAAAUGAUAAAUUCAGAAAAUUUAUCAUCAGUUGGAAAAUUGGGUAAAUGCUGCUUGUGAUUGGAAAUAGAGUUGUCUGUCUUAUAGUAAUUGAGAAAGCAAAAGUACCUUUUGUAGAUUCGUCAAACAUAUUUUCGAAGUGUCCCUGGAGUAUGAUAGAAGAAUCAUUUUUAAAUUUGACAGACUAUAUAGUGGUCUUGUGAUAGUUCUGGGUGGCAGUUUUCUGGUAAUCACAUAUUUGAGCAUUGUGUUGGAAACUAAGCUCAUUGUGCAUGGUACAACUGUUAAAGAUAUUCGAGCAGAUUUCCUCAAUUUCUCACCAUCUCUGCAUCCCUUCGGUUUAUAUGUCAAUGUAAAUGAGAUGAGUGAAUGAAAGGCUAGGAGCUGUAUUGAUGCUUUGCUUGCAAAAUGGUGAAACUUGACUAGCAUAAACAUGAUAUGCCACCAUCACAGCACCCUUUAGAGUAUCUCUGUUGUUAUAUACACUGGUCAUAGAUCUGCUGUUUCUGAUUCUGUCCCUUGGCCUUGGCAAAUUCAGAAUUGGUCCUUGACCAAGGUUCAUCAGCAUUGCACCCCGCUUUGCCUAUUAUUUUCACUGCUCUCCUAUCUUAGCUUGGAGAUGCUACUGUCUUAUUUUUUUUCUGUCUCAGCAGUUUAUUAUCUUAUUAUAUCUUUGUCGGGCAGUUCUGAUAGAACCACAUGCGUCCACUUACCAUAGCAGGAAGAACAUAUUGGAGGUAUUGCAGUAGUGUGUUUCACCUCAUGUAAUACAAAGUUUUUGCCAAGCACAGGCCUACAAACAUUGAAACAUAAUCUCUGUGUUAUGGUAUAUUCCAUGUAUGCAGCUUGUUCUGCAAGAGCUUAAGGAGGAUUUCUUUUAAGUUCUCCUUUACUGUUAAGCAAGCUGAGAAAAGAGUAUCUCUUGUCAGAGAUGAAGGAAUUCUUCUUUGGCUACUCACGUGAAGCAUUAGGAUUAACCCAAUCACUUCUCCAAGCCUUGUUAUAUGUGGAUAUUCCAUCAGGUGUAGGACACAAAAACUCCGACAAGGAUACCUUUCUACGAUGAGCAGGUGUGUGUGAAGAGUCUUCAUCUUGCAUUUGCUGAAGGGACAGACAUCUUGGUGGGCACAAUAUUCUGCUCUUAUAAAGAGCACACUCUGCCGUUCAGUCUUCGCUCCAGGUACAUUGAUAGCAGAAUAUGUUUCUAUCAACUCUUGGUUAUGCACUUUUCGUGAAGAUCAUAAACCUUUCAGUUUUAUCUGUUUUAGCUUGAUCGAUGUCAGCAGAUGUUUCCACCGAGUAUUUGUGAAUGGAUACUCUUCCUUCAAAACAUGGCAGUCACACAUGAUGAGAUCGAUGGCUUCCCUCUUUGUUUUCAUAGAAGUAUCACACCCUCCUCCUGUUGCUGAGUAAAAUAAGUCCUAAGCAUUUUCCCGCUGUUCGACUCCUGUUGCUACUUGCUAGAUGCUUGAAUUUCCAACUCUCUUUCGACUUUUUUUCUUCUCGCGCCCUGUAAUAAUCUUGCUUGAGCCGUGACAGAUUAUAAAGAAUACUUGGCAAGGGAUUGCCUUUUUAACAGUAGGUCAAAGGAUGUCUCUUCUAGAACUCAGUAUAGCUUGCAGUCUGAAACUUCAUACUAACUAUGCCUACAAAUUCCGUUGUUGUUCAAGGUAUUUGCUCUGUUUGCAGCUAAGGCUAACUCCAAUGGAGCCUCUAUAUUUGGGGGAAAGUUGGCUCCAAUGGAGCCUCUAUAAAUGGAGGAGUCUCUAUAUUUGGGGGAUGAAAAUGGAGGUUCCCCAAAUAUAGAGACUCCCCAAAGCCCGCCACGUGGCGUUUCUUUUUCUUUUUAAGAUUUUAAGGGUUAAUUGGGGUUUAAUUAGGGGAUUAGUUAGGGGUUUAAUUAGAUCAAUAAUUUUCAAGUGUUGUGUGUAAACCCAAAUUAGGUCAAUCAUUUUUUGUCAACAAAAAUUUGGUCUCAAAAUUAAAAAAAUUUCUACCGGAAAAUUUGCAUUUAAAAAUGAUGACGAACUGUACAAAAAUUAACAUGAACAAAUUAUAUUAAGACUUCGAUAAGUACAUUUUUAAGUAAAUGGAAAACUUAAAAAAUGAGAUCUCCAAAUAUAGAGGAUGUAGCAUUGGAGCAAAAGAAGGGAAAAUGGGGAUGAACCCCAAAUUUGGGGAUGAAGAUCCCCAAAUUUGGGGGUUUUCAUUGGAGUUGGUCUAACGCCAUUGCGUUUGUUCUUUUCGCUCAUCAGGGUUGAUUCAUCAACAAUGUCCCAUAGAAGGCAAACCCCGAAAGAAGUGAACUGUAUCAUUAUUAUUUCCUUGCUUCUCAAGUCACUAGAAAAAGAGAAAACCGCCUUGGCCUCUGUUUCUUGCUGAUCUGGAUUUUAUCUCACAGUUUUUGGUUUGGUAUGGCUUGUUUCUCUCUCUUAUUGUUCACUGCCUUCUCAUUCCAUAUGUAGAGAGAAUAUAUUGAAACUGACGUGUCUAGUUCAGGUCCAUAUUCAUAUAAUUUUUUCCAUUUUAGCUUCCUUCCUGCAGAUUAAGGUUGAUAGGGAAAUCAAAUCACCUGAGAAAUGGAUGGCAGGGGUGAAUAUUGAUGAUUGAGACUGAUUGAAUUAAGAAAAGAUUUCAUUUUUU